AAAAUCAAUUAAAGAAUGAACCUUUUUCGGUGUUUUUCAAUCAAUUAAUCCUCUUCUUUCUAUCUUUUUCUACAUUUCUUCGAGCAGCGAAUAUCGAUUUAGACUCGCAGAGAGUUGAACCCAACCUACCUCCACCUAAACUCACUGGUGACCUUGCACCAUACUCCUCAUCUUCUUCUUCAUCUUCAACCAACGGUGCAAGGCCACUCCUCUCUCUCUCUCUAUCUCCCUCUCUCUUUCUCUCACUAUCUUAUCUCUCACUGUGAUUGUAAAGUCGUAGCUUCGCUGCUACAGAGUGACCCUUUUGAGUUUGUCCGUCAAAUCUAUUGCCCCUUUAUUCCUUCUGUCUCUUUCUGAUUGCUACUUUAAUCUGUAAGGCUUUUUUUCCUUGUUUGAAAUUCUGGGUCACUUUGAUUGGGGGUUUAUCUUUAAGUUUUCAUUUCUGGGCAUUCUGAGAUCUCUGUUUCUGGUGCUGGUUUUAACUGGGUUGUGCUGAUUGUGACCAAAGUAGAUUGCUUUACCCCAAAUUUCAAUGCCCUAAUUGUACUGGGUCACUUUGAUUUGGGGGUUUUCUUUCAUUUCUCCAGAACGUUCUGAGAUCUCAGUUUCUGUUACUGGGUUUUACCGGGUUGAUUUUGACCAAAUUCGAUUGCUUUAACCCAGUUUUGAUUCUGUGGCAAUGUCACAAGGCUAUGCAAUCGAGCUUUACUUCGAUCCAGCGCUGGAAAACCAGGUCCUGAAGGCUUGGAAUGUUCUUGCUCGCCGCCAGAUUAGCACCCAGCUCAUCGAAAUCGAAUCACGCCCUCACAUCACUCUCUUCUCCAGCUCCUUCAUCGAACCAGCAAAGCUCGAAAACAUUAUCAAGUCUUUUGCUGCCAAGCAAGAGCCUUUGGCCUUGUCAUUCUCGUCAAUUGGGAGCUUCCCGACUGAUAACAAUGUACUGUUUCUGGCACCAACUCCUUCGGUUUCGUUGCUUCAGUUCCAGUCCCAGUUGUGUGAGGCAAUGAAGAAAGAAGGUGUUGAAAUUGGGGAGGAGUAUCGCACUGAUUCUUGGAUGCCUUUCUGUGCUGUUGCUCAAGAUGUGCCGAAGAGUCGGAUGGCUGAAGCGUUUUGCGUAUUGAGGGACUUGAAGUUGCCAGUUGCUGGGUAUGCUAUGGAUAUUGGGCUGGUGGAGUUUUCGCCGGUCAGGGAGUUGUUUUCUUUUGUGCUAGGUAACACAGUAGAAGCAUGAGGUUUCAGAGCCUUUCUUAUGUGUUAAUCUGAAAUUUAGUUGAAUUACCCAAGAAUAUGUUACCCCCCUUGAGUUUAAUGUAGGAUGAUUGUCUAUGGUGGUACUUAAUACAGAUUUUGCAUUCAUGUGUUUCGAAUCUGGCAUUUCCCUUACAUCAUCCUUUUAGAAUGAUAAUGUGUUUGUUCAUGUUAAUGAUAUUUUGAGCUCUUGCACUCUUCGUA